GGCCCCGGCGCGUGGCUGGGCGCUCAGCCGGCGCCGGAAGCGGCUCUGCGGGCAGGUGGGAUAAGGCGCAGGUGUAGCCACCAUGAGUGAUCCUCGGGGGACCAGGCGGAUCCUAGUGACUGGGGGCUCAGGGCUGGUGGGCAGAGCCAUCCAGAAGGUGGUAGAAGAUGGAGCCAGGCUGCCCGGAGAGGACUGGGUGUUUGUCUCCUCCAAGGAUGCCGAUCUCACGGAUGCUGCACAGACCCGAGCGCUGUUUGAACAGGUCCAGCCCACACAUGUCGUCCAUCUUGCUGCAAUGGUGGGGGGCCUGUUCCGGAAUAUCAAAUACAAUUUGGACUUCUGGAGGAAAAACAUACACAUCAAUGAUAAUGUGCUACACUCGGCCUUCGAGGUGGGCGUGCGCAAGGUGGUCUCCUGCCUGUCCACCUGCAUCUUCCCAGACAAGACCACCUACCCCAUCGAUGAGACCAUGAUUCACAAUGGGCCGCCGCACAGCAGCAAUUUUGGCUACUCUUACGCCAAGAGGAUGAUCGACGUGCAGAACAGAGCCUACUUCCAGCAGCAUGGCUGCACCUUCACCGCUGUAAUCCCCACCAAUGUCUUCGGGCCCCACGACAACUUCAGUAUCGAGGACGGCCAUGUACUGCCCGGCCUCAUCCACAAGGUGCACCUGGCCAAGAGCAGCGGCUCAGCCUUGACGGUGUGGGGCACAGGGAGGCCCCGGAGGCAGUUCAUCUACUCACUGGACCUGGCCCGGCUCUUUAUCUGGGCCCUGCGGGAGUACGAUGAGGUGGAGCCCAUCAUCCUGUCAGUGGGUGAGGAGGAUGAGGUGUCCAUCCAGGAGGCAGCGGAGGCCGUGGUGGAGGCCAUGGACUUCCAUGGGGAGGUCACUUUUGAUACAACCAAGUCAGAUGGGCAGUUUAAGAAGACAGCCAGUAAUGCCAAGCUGCGGGCCUACCUGCCCGAUUUCCAGUUCACACCCUUCAAGCAGGGAAGAUUCUUUACACUGAGCCACCUGGGAAGCCCGCUGAAGAAUUUAGAACGUGCCAAAGUAGAGUUUAAAGAAAAUAACAAAAUUUUUUAAAAUGCAAUCUUAAAAGCUGCAAUCUAAGCUUAUUUUUCCUAAGUCAAUAAAAAAUUACAAGCACACCCCACACCCACCCUCCCCCUCUCAGUCUCUAAGGUGCUUCCUGUCCCCAGCCACACACUUUCUCCCUUAGAACCAACUAGAGAGGCCAGGUCUCUCCUGGGGAACACCUCAGGAAGGUCUCCCCUGCCUCCCUACAUAGCUCCCUGAGAGGCUCUCAGAAACCAAAACCCAGGCUGACCUGAGGAGCUUCUUUAACAGCAAAGCCGCAGACCGCUGCUCCCACGUUUCACUGGCUGCGUCAAUUUUAUGCUGUCACUCGGACCCACUGCAACUUGGGGGAAAGCUGACCACAAGCCGGGACCAGGCAGCCCUGUCCCCCACACCCGACUGCUCACAGGCUCCAAACAGAACCAGUGCGCGCUGUUUCCACCCAGAAACCGGCCCGAGGCCGGCAGAGUCCCACUCGCUAGCUACUGAUAAGCGGAAGUCCGGAUUCUGGCUGCCAGGAGUUUCAUCAGAAUCUGCUCAGCCGCCGCCUCCUGGAAGCUCAGCUGGCCGGUGUCCAUCAGUGCUUUCCCAUUGGCCCCGCGAGGGACCCCAUCCCACAGCAGCCUCCACCCUUUCCGACCCUUCGCUUGUAAAUGGACCCUCUCAAGUUGCUACUUGCGAAAUCCACACACCAGUGGAGCACCGAGGUACACAACCGGCCAGAGUACCGGACGCUUCGCGCGGCGCCGCGCCUCGUCCCUCGCGGCACUACGCACCGCACGGAAACC